AUGUCCAAACUCGGCUGUUUGUUGUUUGUCUGGGCCGUAUGUGAAGGAGUUAUUGCUAAUGAAGAACAAAAUGGAUUCGUGCAGCCAUUGGACUUUGGGCCACUUUUUGAUUCAGGCGCUACUUCGCUGGCUUCAGAACCUAUCGCGGCUGCAGUGCUAAAAGUAGAUAAAACCCAAUAUCCUCAACUUUUUGACACUAUUGUUAGUAGUUCCAUCGAUUCCUUACAAACUCGUGUAGCACCCAUAGAAAAAGCAUUUUCUGCCGAUAAUUUCGGCUUUAAUCCCAUUGCCAGUCAAAGCUUUUUGUCGCCGGGGAAACCUGCUAGACUAGUAGCGCCGCCGAGACAACAACAUAAUCAACCACAAGCGAUUCCAAUUGGGCAACAGCUUUCUCCAUUGAGAUAUGACAUUCGCACAGUGCAUGAUGCUGACUAUAAAGUGUACAAACCUGAGGACGAGGAACAGGGAGAAGAAAUUUUAGCUGCUUUGAAAAAAAAUCCUAGCGUGGCUGCUUAUUUUAAACCUACACAAACCAAUGUUGAAGUGGCUCAUCCACUGAACUAUCGCAAGGAAGAAUUAAACGAAAAUUCUGAAAUUGAACAGAACUACAAGCCAAAUGCUUAUAUUCCAGGACCAGCUCGUAUUCGACGAUACACUAGCGGAAGACAAAGGGAAAACCUGAAGAAGAGCAGCGAUGAUGACGACGAUCCCUAUAACUACAACGUCGAAUACAUUUCUAAACCAAAAGCAUUCGACAGUAGUUUGUACAGCAGUGCUUACAAAGAACAAAAAGACCCCAACAAAGAUUACGAGUAUCCUUACAGCUAUGACUCAGGGUACGACCACAAAGAAUAUGAAAGAAUAAAAGAGCUGUCAGAGAAGCAGGCUGCAGAGAUCAAGCAAAAUCCAGGAAACUGUAAAGAGGUGAAAAAGGACGGUAUGACCUGCACGACGUGUAAAGAUCCCAAAACUGGAGGAAACUUUGAGUCAUGUUCCUAUGUUGCUGAACCAAAGAACAACAAAUAUGCCUACUCUAAGGAAAGAAAGUUUGACAGCAACGACGAACCUGAUGAAGCUGAGGCACCGCAACAAAGUGAACCAGCGAAGAAAUCUGAAAAAUAUGUCCAGUCUGGCGAGAGCAGCGAAGAGAAGUACACUAAGGCAGCCGAACCCGCACCAAACAAUGAUGAUAAUUCUGGAGAAAAGUAUAAGGCUUACUACAUACAUAAUUCAAAACCUACACCUAGCGAAGCUUUACGUGCUGCAGAAGACAAACAGAGUUCGGAAGAGGAGGGAGACGGCUCUUCAGGAAAAUCUUAUGACUACAAAAAAGCUUUGCCAGGUUUUUAUACUGAUAAUGAACCUAAAAAAGACGUGGAACAUGUAUUAGCAGAAUUCAAGAAAAAAGAUAGGUCGUCAUGUAAAAAAGUUCAGAAAAAUGGAAUGACUUGCUACCAAUGUAUCGAUAAAAAUGGUCUGAAAAAUGAAGAAUGCAUGUUUGUGUCAGAAUCAGCGCCCAAACGAAGCCAUUUAGCGUAUCAAGAACUGAAAGAAUUUACAUCUAAACCUGCCACUCUCGACCAAGGAAAUGAGGGUGCUGAAAGUAAAACGGUGACUACAAGUGCUCCUCCAGCUCAAAAGUCUGCUGCGUAUGUAGUAGACAACACUAAUUACGGCAAAAAGUUAAAGCGUAAGAAGGCACCGCAGAGUAUUGCUGCCGCAGCUACCGUUGCAGUAGCCAGUGCAGUUAAACCUGCACCUAUAGCAACAAACGUACGUAAAACUAAACGGAGCGUUGAAACUGAAGCGGAACAAAAUGCACAGAUUGUAGAUGUAACUAAUAUUGCCCAGCCUGAGGAAUUUGCGGGAAGCGAUUCUAGAGGAGCUUUUUGGGCAGAUACGAUGCCAAGAUACAGUGCAUCGUUAGGCGUAACAUUGCCUGAAUUCAUGCUGUCAAGGUCGGAGCACGAACUUAUGUUUGAUGAAACCGUCGCCAGCGCGUAA